AUGCUCUUCGUACCUUUUAGAGUGUCACAAAUCUAAAAGGACCUAAGCCUUUAGGGUGUUUGACAUAUAUCUGAGAUUACUGUCACUAUAGGAGUCCCCCCGCGGGGUCCAUCGUAGGCAAAAAGAAAGAGUCUUGUUUUUAGUUUUCAUUCGAUUGGGUUUCCUGUGUAAUGACGCCCGCGAUCUGCUGUUGUUAUUCGUGGCAUCAAAUGAAUCAAAGAUGGCGGAUGAUGACUGAGAAUAUUUGCACAUGAUUAUUGUUAAUAAAUAACGAUAUGGGAGCUAAACCAUCCUCACUUAGUGAUUUACAACACAACCCCGUCCUUCAAAGGCUGACAGGGGAAUAUUGUGUGCAAGAAGACAAAGACUUUUGGGAAGAAUUGCUUUCAUUUUCCUUUCGUCCUCCUUACAAUAGUGCUGAUGCCAGACUGUUAGAAGAAUCAACACAACAUAUCUGUCAAUCAUUAGCAAAUCAUAACUUGAAGUCUAAAAAUUUUGUGUUGCUGGUAAAAGAGUUUAUUAGAAGAGCUGCUGAGUUAAAAGUUGAAGAAAAAUUCAAAAACUUUGAGUUGGUUUGUGAAUUGUACAAUGCCCUUCUGCUCAUCCGUAGUUUUUGCAAAUAUUUCAUAGAAGUUUUACCUUCUAAAGACAUCAUUUUACACUUUGGGGGAUCAGUAACAUGUUCUGUUGAUAAAGAAACUGGGAAAGAACUUAUUUCUUGUACAGACUUGGGGAUGACAGAGGAUAUGCUGUAUGGGUUGUUCACUGUCUUACAUGACAUUCCAGUCUGUGAAGAGACAUAUGCUGUUCACAUUGAAACAAUAAAUACACUUUUAGUUUUACUCUCUGAGCAAAUGUUUGACAUAUUUGCAUCAAGCAACAGUAUCUUUUACCAUGCAAUCAUGAAGGGCAAAUGUCGCCAUAAAGCAAAAUAUAUUGUUCAUGUUUUGCUACACAAUUAUGUCGCACAAGAGACAAGCCCCUUAGACUUGACCACAGAUAAUACUGCAUGGUUUCCAAGCCUUUGGUCCUGGUUUGGAAGUCCAUCAAGUACAGAAGAAGACCAGUCUGAUUCUCUGCUGGCUAACCAAAGCUUACUUCUCUUACUGAUCCUUGUCAACCAUUGCACACAAGAUAAAAGACUAUUGAAUCCUUACAGACAUUCACUUUUUACCUUUACUGAUUCCAAAGCUGUCAGUCAUGUUGGGUCAGACAAGACAAGUGAUAGUUCAUUCCAGUUCAAUCUGGAACGACUUUAUUCCACUCUCUGCAGUGAUCUUCAACAUGAUCAAACUACAUUGUUACUCUAUCUGCUGUUGCACAGAAACCCAAAUGUAUCAUCAUUUGUUUUACCAAGAAAAGAUAUUGAUCAGCUAGUGUUACCCAUUCUCGAACUUCUUUACAGUGCAGAAGAUCACAAUGCACAUCACAUCUACAUGUCACUUAUCAUCCUACUCAUUCUCAGCCAAAAUGACCACUUUAACAAAUCUGUGCAUGAAAUAACAAUAGCAACAAUCCCUUGGUAUACAGAGAGAGCGAUAUAUGACAUCACUUUAGGAGGGUUACUUGUGCUUGUGGUCCUUCGAACCAUACAGUAUAACAUGACUAAGAUGAGGGAUAAAUAUUUACACACAAACUGCUUAGCAACCCUUGCCAACAUGUCAUCUCAUUUCCAUGCCCUUCACCCAUAUGUGACGCAGAGAAUUGUAAGCCUCUAUGCUCUUCUAUCAAAAAAGCAUGCAAAAGUAUUGGAGCUCAUGAAAGAAAAACCUACGAAAAACACACAAGCAACGUCAGAAAACAAGGAUUCAACAGAUUACGUAAGUCUAGAAUUUUGUCUUGAUAAAUUAACGAAGGGAAAGAGACCAUUUAUUUUUAUCAGGGAGAAUAAGGGAUGGGAUCCAGUGGGUAGUUCACCACAUUCACAAAUCUUAUCCCCCGUCCAUUUGUUAGAUAAAAUGCAUGUCUUACAGGUUGCAGAUCUGGCUAUUUUGGAAGAAGUGAUUCGCAUGGUGCUAGAGAUCAUAAACUCUUGUGUAACUAAUACUUUACACCACAAUCCCAACUUGGUUUAUACAUUGCUUCAUCGACGAGAAUUGUUUGCUCAGUUCAGAAGCCAUCCAACUUUUCAGGAUUUGAUUCAAAAUAUAGAUACGGUUCUUGCAUUUUUUAGUGCAAGGCUUGAACAACACCCUGAUCAGACAUUAUCUGUUGCCGUGGUGUUGGAUGUUAUUAAACAAGGAACAUUACAGUGGCCUAAGGAUAGACUUAAGAAAUUUCCUGAACUAAAGUUUAAAUAUGUUGAGGAAGAACAACCUGAGGAGUUCUUUAUCCCUUACGUGUGGUCGCUUGUCUACAGGCUGUCUUUAAUGUACUGGAAUCCACAACACAUACAAAUAUUCCACCCUGAAACGUGACCUGAAGAAUUGCCAAGUAUGAAUAGAUAGAAUAAUAUGUAAGAAUGUAUUGAUGGCCCACAGGGACUUGCCUAAAGUAGAAGACCAGACUGGGCCUUAAGUUAAUUAACCUUGUCAAAACAAAUAUAAAAUGAAUGGGGGUCUUUGAAAAAUUUAAAUGGCAUUCAUUGUUCUCCAUUCCAUUCACUUUGCUAUUCACAUUCUCAUUGGUCAAAAACUGAGCUGUAGUGGUGAUUUCUAUAUAAAUGAUAAAACAAACAUAACAGUUUUUUUCCCCAUGCUCUGUUCAUUAAUACUACAUUUAGCACUUUAAGAAAUGCCAAAAGCACUAGAGAAGUACUUGCCUUUCAUCACUUCCUGGAUGCUGUGUUACUGAAUACAGCUUGCUAAAAGCUGUUGUUUCUUAAGUACAGUAUUUAGGGAUAGAAUUCAGAAUAUUAUUGAUAAUACAAUUAUUUUUUAUUGCCACCAAUAACUUAACUCUGACUUACAGUGCAGCACCAUGACCUCAUUUAAGGUUAUUCCCUUGUUUUGCACUGUGCAUUUUUCUGCACAUGCAACAAAAAGCAUGGAACUAAAAACGUUUAGGCAUUUUUCUUUUGGAAACUAAAUAAGGGACAUGUUCAAACCAUUUUUAACUUUUUUCUCUUUUUUGAGUAGAGAAAUUAAGAUUUUUAUCUGACUCGCCCCAGUCUCCACGUUCAGAAAAGUGUCAGUUUUUGAAUAUUUUGAUGUUUUUUCAAGAUAAAAUUGAAAAUGAGAAUGGAGACCCCCAUUUUUCAUUUCAGAUUUUUGAUAAAUGCAAUGUUUGGACUCAUUAUAUAUCAAAAUAUGUCCAUAACAUAAUCAAUGUCCAUGCAAAGUUUCAGGACAAAGUUAUUGGCAAAAUUUCUUUCAAGGAAAUUACCUUAACUCACUGUGCCAUGUGCCAUUUUGGACUUAAGUUUAUGUCAUGCUGUAACCUGCUUUUUGACUCAAACUGCUGCCCCCUUCUCCCCUAGAGAGAGAUAGGUUACAAACUCUACUCAGACUACUCACAUAUGAUAGAGUCAAAAAUCGAAGUGAAGUAACUGCUAUGCCAUUCUCUUUCUUCGUGGCAUAAAUAUAAGCAGAAAUUAUGUAGAGUGAAUUUAGUUGCAAUGUUAACAAAACUUUAAAAUUGAAUUAGCAAAGAAGUUUAUUUUUCUUAUGACAUCUCUCAUUUAUUGAUGAAUACUUGUUGGAGAUUUUGAACAGUAGGAAACAUAUACUUCAAAGGGUUUACUAAUAUUUAUGAUGCCUUGGAUCUAAAUUACAAAAAUGUAUGAAUUCCUGAUCUUUAGAGGUUGUUCUGGCUUACCCUGGGAUUCAGAGGUUAUUUUCUCUCUCCAGCAUUUGCUGUUUUAACGGAAAGCACUUCCUUGUUUCAAACACAGGAAGAGAAACUGAACCUCUGGAGCCUAGGGUACAUCAAGCUUAAACUAAAAUAACAAACUACAACUAUAUUUAUAUCGUUUCUAAUAUAAUGUUAAAAUUAUUAGUAUUUUUUCUAUAACAGGCAUGCUUUAAUACAACAUUCUGCAUGAUCUUUUUAUUAUUAUUUACAUUGGAAUAUAAAAACAAGAACAACCUCCAAACAGCAUUCAUACAAAAAGACUAGUAUUGUGACAUUAAUUUAAGUCAUUUUAUCUUUGUAGUCUAGAUAUUCAUGGAAAAUAUACAUGGCUAGAAGUGAAUGUUUCACAGAUAUGGUUAGUAAACUGAUGGUUUAAUGGCUUUACAUAAACACCUGGAUAUGACAAGUAGCAUUCUAGUGUACCAUAUCUCCCACAAAUAUAUAUUUUCCAUCAAUGAUCUAUUGACCUUUACAGUAUGACAUUACUUGCUCUAGAAGACCGAGUCCUUGAUGAUUAAGACACAGCAUCUACUAGGCAUCUCCAUAGCAAUAUGUCUUGACUAUAAGAUACAGCUGUAGAUAUAAUUAUAGUAACCUUGCCGACACCCAGUAUAAAACUCCAACAAAGUUUAUAAAUCUAGACUAUAUAAGAAAUCUCCAGCGAGAAAGCGAAGCAUAUAUAUACCUAAGAUAAGUUUAGUACAUUAUGUUUCAUAUACAAAUAUAGUUAGCUAAUGCUGGUUUUCAAGCAUUCCCAAGGGGGUGAAAAAACGAAAGACAUGGCAGCCAUGUUGGUUGAUAUACAAUAGAAUGAUAACCAAGAUGACAACUAUGAUGUUAUGUGCUAACAAAGAACACAGGCUGCCAAUUACCUCUUAACCCUAGUGAGUUUUGCAGAUGAUUGGAACUUAAAAGCUGUAUCUCUGCAAUCAAAGCAAUAUAUUUUUCUUUCUUAAAAUUGGACAGAGAAUUGCAGUUGACACCACCAACAUAGCUUGCAAAGGAAUUCAAAUAGUAAUACGAUCUAAAUAAUGUAACUUUGCAAUUUUUAGCGAUUAAAAAAAACAUUUACAAACUUUA